UCAAACCGGUUUGACGUCGCCGAAGCAGGAAGCUGUUAAGCGGGCUAGCUGGCACUGGCUGGUUGGUCGGUCUUAGGUUUUUUAGCCAUGGCUCGGUUCGCGACGCUUCUGCUUUUACCGUUUCUCAUCGAGUCGGCGUCCUCCAUUUCCUUCUUUUUGCCGGUCAACUCGAGAAAGUGCUUGCGGGAGGAAAUCCACAAGGACGUCCUCGUUACCGGGGAGUACGAAAUAAGCGAGCAGGCGAAUACUAAAACAAACCUGAAGAUCACAGAUUCGGCUGGUCACACACUUUACAGCAAGGAUGACGCCACCAAAGGGAAGUUUGCGUUCACCACGGAGGACUACGACAUGUUCGAAGUGUGCUUUGAGAGCAAAUUCCCAAUGGGAACUGGAAGAGUGCCCGACCAGUUGGUCAACCUGGACAUGAAGCACGGCGUGGAGGCGAAGAACUAUGAAGAGAUUGCCAAAGUGGAGAAACUGAAACCCCUGGAGGUGGAGCUGCGACGACUGGAGGACCUGUCGGAGUCCAUCGUCAACGAUUUUGCUUACAUGAAGAAGCGAGAAGAAGAAAUGAGGGACACUAACGAGUCCACCAACACGCGCGUGCUCUACUUCAGCAUCUUCUCCAUGUGCUGCCUGAUCGGUCUGGCCACGUGGCAGGUCUUCUACCUGCGCCACUUCUUCAAGGCCAAGAAGCUCAUCGAGUAGAACCCUCUGAGCACACGUCCUAACAUCCAUUCUCCUCGGACGGCAAGUGAAGUUUAGGGUGGGGGUUGCCUCAAAUUCUAUUUUUUCAAAGACGCCAGACUUAACUCGAAGGUCCGACAACACCAAAUAAAACCACCGGGCCUGCUUUUUUUUUUUUUUUUUGCGGUAUCGCGACCAGCGCUGUAAAGGGAGACGCGCCGUUUGUCCAAUGUCCCAGCGACCCCGCCUGUAAAAAAGCUCUGUUUUGUCGGGAGCGGACGUGCCACCAGAAUGUUGCCGAGGAGACCCUCUUUAUCAAGUGAAGGCUGUUUGAACCUGUGCUUCGUUUGUCACGUCGAUCCAUUCGCAUACGCGUUGUAUGUCUUUAGUUGUGUUUUCAUACUGUAAAUGCCCUUAGCCACAGCUAUCUCGUUUUGGGGAAUGGGUUUGUCACUGUAAUUUUUUUUUUAUGUUGAAUUAGGUCACCGACGCUUGCAUGUUUGGAUUCUAUCAGUCCUCUAAAAUGCCGACAGCCAUCACUACAAAGAGGAGUUUGUUUACCAACUAAAUUGUGUGUGAGGCUGCUCUUUUACACACUGCAAAAUGUUUUGACUUCAUGAACAAGCAAAUUUUCCCGAUUUCUAGUACUUGCAGAUCCAUCCAAUGUACAUUAAUUUUUUUUCUCUAUUUCGGGGUACUUAGGAGGCGCAGUUACAUGGUUUGCUUCUGUUCUAACGGGGUUCCUUCUAAAGGCAUUUUUAACAGCGAACGUAUGCAUCGUGCGCGACUGAUUUUUAUGUUGACUGGUGCAUUUUGUAAAUUUGUGUUGGGCUUUUAUUCAAUAAAAUAUUGGAUGGAUUUA